AUGGUACAGUGUAACACUGAGGCACUUGUAACUCAGCUCAGUGAUCUCCCAGAACAUCAGGCAUGUACGGGUGAGAUCGAAACAAAAGCACAGAUCCAGGUUGAAAAGAUAUUCAAUCUCACGUCCAGUCCAGAGCCACAGAUCAAGGAGAACAACCAGGAGCAUGCAUCUCAACUCAAGGAUCAUAAUGUGUGGAUCUAUCAUGACUGGGAGAACUGCAGAUUUAUUUAUUGUGUCCCUGUCAUCCAGAAUGUUAUCAACAAUGUGUUCUUCCAAGAUUGCAAUGAUGAUGGCAUCUGGUAUGCCAACUUUCUUGGGCUGUUCCCCAAGCAAGCUCUUGCACUGAUUGAUUGCGCCAUUGAUGAAUGGCACAUGGGUAAAAGGGGUACCAUCAUGUUCUCGGAGAUGGUUUAUUGGCCUGUGUAUGAGACAUAUCUUGAGGGUAUCCAGUACAAUAUCCUUGGCAAACUUUGCAUUGACCAUGCUGGUAUUGAAUACCAGGCUGUCACCACAUUCUCCAUGACUUGCGAUGUGCUUGCUUGCAGUGCUGCCAAGCUGGUUGAUGAGCUCAAGUAG